AUGUCCGCGCUGGACACGCUCGCCGCCUCUCUCUUCGCCUCCACGAGCCCUCCACACCCACACGCGCCACACCUCAAGCCCUCCGAAACCCUCAUCGGCUCGCCCCCUCCCGCUCCCCUCCCGCCGCCUCGAAUGGCUACCACCAACCCGCUCUUCCUCAGUAUCGACGCCGGAGUGGCCAAGUACCGCGCGUGCGUUCUCGAUGAGAAGCUGAGGGUCGUUUGGACGGCGGAAGUCGACAUUGGUGAGGAGUUGCCGGAGUACGGUACUCGCGACGGGGUCCACACGCUCGGAGACGUCGUCACCACUCCCUCCGAACUCCGCCUGCACGCCCUCGACCUCCUCCUCGAGAAGCUCACGCGCGACUCGCCCGAUCCGACGCUCGUCUCGCGCAUCGCAUGCAUCAGUGGAGUUGGGCAGCCCUCCACGCUCCACUACCUCUCCCACUCCUUCCCCACCCUCCUCGCUUCUCUCCAGCACUCCCCCCAAUCACGCAUCUCCUCCAUCCUCUCCUCCGAAACCGCCUUCGCACUCGCUUCGCCCGCAACUUCAGGCGAUACGUCCGCCUCGAGUCAAGUCCGCGACCUUAAGAUGCACUUUGGGAAGCUUGCGAUUGCGCAGGCGAUGGCGAGCGAGGGCGAGGAGGAUCACAAGCCUCUCGCGAAGGGGGUUGUGCUUGAAGCGGGGAGGGCGGAGCUCGUCAGGCGCACGGGAGGGAAGGUUACGAGUCGCUCGCCCGUCGCGCAGGUGCUCAAGGUUGUGCAGGAGAAGGGUGAGGAGGAUGAGGGCGUGUUGAACAGGACGGAGAGGAUCGUGCUGGAGAGUGGGUUGUUGGCGAGUGUCUUUCUCGGAGAACUCGCCCCCGCCGACGCCGCCGACGCCUGCUCGACCGGCCUCUUCAACCCCGUCCUCGGCGACUGGGACGACGACAUCCUCGAUUUCCUCAUGGCCGGCGGGGAGAACAACGCGACCAAGAUCGGGAAGAUGAGGGAGCUUCUGGGCGAGGUGGAGAAGGAUGGUGGGAUUGAGCUCGGCCGCAUCGCGCCGUACUUCAUCCAGCGCUUCGGUUUCAGCCCGAACUGCAUUAUUGCCCCCUUCACCGGUCCCGAGCCCGCCACCUUUCUCUCCUUCCCCCUCACCUCAACCUCUCCUCCGCCGACCGCCUCGCACGCCCGUCCUCCUCGCGACGCACUCGUCUCCCUCUCAAGCAUCGAUGAAUCCGAUGUCCUCCUCGUCCCGUGCGAGAUCUAUCUCCCAGCGCAGGAAAGGAGUGUGGUGUGCCAUCCGGCCAAGGCGUGGUGGGAGAAUCCGCUUGCGGGAGGAGCCAAGUCGGAAGAGGGAGGAGGCGAAGUGGACGGGACGCCCGAGUUUGUUGCCGUCAUCUCCUCUCGCGAUGCGGGAGUCGGCAGGGCGCUCUCGCGCGACUUGUACUGCAACGGGCAGUGGGACGUCUUUUCCCACCUCAGUGCUAUCGUCCCUCACGGCGGUACUAUUGGACUCGACGAGAAGUACUACGCCUUCUUCUUCCCGCAUGGCGAGGCGACCUCGGCUCAAGGGUUUAUCCGCUUCGUCGCUGGCGCCAAGGUGCACGAGUUCACGGAUCGCAAGAUCAACCCGCGUCUUUUGCUUGAGUCGCAGUCGUAUGCCGGUACAGUCAUGUCCCUCCGCCUCCGCCUCGGCCGCCUCUACCGCGCCCUCCUCUCUCCCGACGACCCUCGCCUCGCCAAGACCCGCGCUUUCGACGCAUGCGGUUUCCCCGCUUUCUCUUCCGCUUUCCUCCCCUCCCGCAUCGUCAUCGUCGGCGAAGCGGCUCAGAACCCCGCCAUGUCUUCGCUCAUCUCGACCAUCUUCGACGCUCCCGCUUUCCUCCCGCUCGCGAGCGGUCUCAAGUCGUUGGCGACGGGUCAAGCUGGUCAGGGCGAGCAGGAGGAGGAGAGGGAUGUCCUCGGCGGAAGGAAGAAGACGAGUGCUGCGGCGCUCGGAGCGGGAUACAAAGCUGCUUGGGCGUUCUCGCGUUCGGCCAAGGGCGACCGCACUCCUUUCCGCCAGUUCCUCGGCGCAGCAAUCGACGCUCAAGCCGCCGAGGAGACCGCCAGCGAGGUCGGCGAGAAGGUCGAGUACGAAGGACGCUCGGCGACGGGAACUUUCGCCUCCUCCUCCUUCGCAAGCGGCUCUUCCGCCUCGGCUCCUCCGCCCAGCAUCCUCUCGCUCACCUCGCAGUCGACACCUCGCACUUCUCAUGCGGCUGGCGAGGCGCUCGAGCACGAGCAGACGUACCGCUUCGAAGCGCAGACUUCGCGCGAGUGGGAGGAGGAGGACAAGCGGAGGAACCUUGAGCCCGACCCGCCUGGCUUGACCCUGGUUGCAAUGCCGGACAAGGACGAGUGGAGGUAUUACUCGAGCAUGCUUCCCGAAUUCGUCCGCCUCGAGCGCUCGGCCCUCAAGGGACUCGUCUGA